UCAAAGCCUCCACCGGGAGGCUGAUUUGUGGAACAUCACCCCCAGGGUCCCCUUCCCCAGCCCCUCCUCCGUGCACUGCAACGGCCAGGGGGGUAGAGCGGAACCGGGGGAGGGGAAGAGCUACACCCAUCCCCCUUCCUCGAGCCUCCCCGCGUUCAGAGGCAAUUGCACCUUUUAUUAUUUUAACUCUUCUCCUUAGGACGCGCGGUCCCCGGACUCGCCCCUCCGGCCUUCGCGGUCCCUGCGCCCGAGCGGCGGGAUGGGAGAGCGAGGGACCUGCCCGCGGUCGGCCGGCUGGCGCAGGGAGGUGCGGCCGCAGCGCCCGCUGCCCCGAGUCUGAGGACGUCCCGAGGGAAGAGGAGGCAGGUGAGAAACAGGUGAAUAAGCUGGCUAUGGUGACAGGACGAUGUUGGCCAGAAAGAGCAUCAUCCCCGAGGAGUAUGUGCUGGCGCGCAUCGCCGCGGAGAACCUGCGCAAGCCGCGCGUCCGCGACCGCCUCCCCAAAGCCCGCUUCAUCGCCAAGAGCGGGGCCUGCAACCUGGCGCACAAGAACAUCCGCGAGCAGGGGCGAUUCCUUCAGGACAUCUUCACUACCUUGGUGGACCUGAAAUGGCGCCACACGCUGGUCAUCUUUACCAUGUCGUUUCUCUGCAGUUGGCUGCUCUUCGCCAUCAUGUGGUGGCUGGUGGCCUUUGCCCAUGGGGACAUCUACGCUUACAUGGAGAAGACUGGAACGGAGAAAAGUGGUUUGGAGUCCACGGUUUGUGUGACUAACGUCAGGUCUUUCACCUCUGCUUUUCUCUUCUCCAUUGAAGUUCAAGUGACGAUUGGAUUUGGAGGGAGAAUGAUGACGGAGGAAUGUCCCUUGGCCAUCACAGUUUUGAUUCUCCAGAACAUUGUGGGUUUGAUAAUCAACGCAGUCAUGUUGGGUUGCAUUUUCAUGAAAACAGCUCAGGCUCACAGAAGGGCGGAAACCUUAAUUUUCAGCCGCCAUGCUGUGAUUGCUGUUCGAAAUGGCAAGCUGUGCUUCAUGUUCCGAGUGGGCGACCUAAGGAAAAGCAUGAUCAUUAGUGCCUCAGUGCGCAUCCAGGUGGUCAAGAAAACAACCACACCUGAAGGGGAGGUGGUGCCCAUUCACCAGCUGGACAUUCCUGUUGAUAACCCAAUUGAGAGCAAUAACAUUUUUCUGGUAGCGCCUUUGAUCAUCUGCCAUGUGAUUGACAAGCGCAGCCCCUUGUAUGAUAUCUCAGCAACUGACCUCACCAACCAAGACUUAGAGGUCAUAGUGAUUCUUGAAGGAGUGGUCGAAACUACGGGCAUUACGACACAAGCCAGAACCUCCUAUAUCGCUGAGGAGAUCCAAUGGGGCCAUCGCUUUGUGUCCAUUGUAACUGAGGAGGAAGGAGUGUAUUCUGUGGAUUACUCCAAAUUUGGCAACACUGUUAAAGUAGCUGCUCCAAGGUGCAGUGCCCGAGAGCUGGAUGAGAAGCCUUCCAUCCUUAUUCAGACACUCCAAAAGAGUGAACUAUCCCAUCAAAAUUCCCUGAGGAAGCGCAAUUCCAUGAGAAGAAACAAUUCUAUGAGGAGAAACAACUCUAUUCGAAGGAACAACUCAUCCCUCAUCGUGCCAAAGGUGCAAUUUAUGACUCCAGAAGGAAAUCAAAACACUUCGGAAUCAUGACAGCAAGACAACCUCAAGAAAGUCUUUUUAUCAAGUUGACAGUUUAUGCAAAGCACUGUCAGACUAUUUCAGAGAGGAAACACAGUAAUUUGUCCUUCUAUAUUUUCAUGCACCAGAUGAUACUCAUAUUCAAGCAACAGCACUUUCUAUGUCAAUAAACAGUAACAUGCAACAUGGAGGAUUCAUGGCUGACAUUUGUUUCAUACGUGCAGUAUUUGCAGUGAUAUGCUUAUAUUAUGUAUAGAAAACA